AUGGCUUCCCCUUCGCCCGACUAUAUCAUCAUAGGAGGUGGAACCUCCGGCCUCGUCGUAGCCAACCGCCUGUCCGAAGAUUCUGCAGUCCAGAUCCUAGUUCUCGAGGCCGGCGAUGACCUCACCGCCGACCCGCGCGUCAACGUCCCAGCCUUCUGGACAUCCCUCAUAGGCUCCGACGCCACCUGGCAGUACCAGACCGUUCCCCAGCCGGGAUUAGGUGGCCGAUCAAUCCGGGAGCCCCAGGGCAAGGCCCUCGGCGGCUCAUCAGCCAUCAACGGCCAGGCCUUCAUCGCCCCGGCGCAGGCCGAGAUUGAUGGAUGGGCCAAGCUGGGCAAUCCCGGGUGGGACUGGGCCGGCCUAGCACCCUCGUACAAGAAGUCGUACACGCUUGCGCCGCCGCCAGAUCAGGCCACGCUCGAACAUCUUGGUAUUGACUGGAUUAAUGAUGAGUACCGUGGUACUUCGGGGCCUAUCAAGGUGUCGUUUCCUGGCGUCAUACAGAAUCCUCUGUGCAAGGCGUGGAUCGAUGCAUUCCGUGGCUUGAAUAGGGCGACGAAUGGCGAUCCGUUUUCGGGCAACUCAAUUGGCGGCUACAGUAACUUGGCCACCGUUGAUCUGGAGACCAAAACCCGAAGCUACGCUGGCUCAGCGCAUGGAGUGCCUGCUCGCCAGCGUCCGAACGUGAAGAUCGUCACAGGGGCCAAGACCCAGAAGAUUUUGUUCACGGAGACGGGUUCUGGCGCUGCGAAGGCUACAGGUGUGCAGGUCCUCAUUGACGGCAAGGUCCAGACUUUCACUCCGAAGAAGGAAGUGAUCCUUGCGGCCGGUGUAUUUAACACCCCCAAGCUCCUCGAACUCUCAGGCAUUGGCGGGAAAGAAAUCCUGGAGCGGCACGGUAUCCCGGUCGUCGUUGACCUCCCAUCAGUCGGAGAGAAUCUCCAAAACCACCUGAUGACAGGCAUGAGUUACGAGGUCGUCGAGGGAGUCAUUACCGGUGACCCACUUAUGCGCCAGGAGCCCGAAGCCCUCGCCCUGGCGCAGAAGCUCUACACAGAGCACAAAGCCGGUCCCUUCACCAUCGGCGGCAUGCAGUCACACGCAUACAUGCCCACCCCAGACGCAGCAGGGCUGCUUGACAGCCUCCCACCGCCGCAGCGGUCUGCGGACGCGGAGCAUCAGGAGGUGAUCCGCUCCAUACUCGAGAACCCCGAAGGUAGCUCGGCCGGAUGGUUCAUGUUCCUGGCGCAGACGAACCUACACGAGGGCGGCAAGAGCUUUGUCGGCACGCAGCUGCUGCCAGGCAACUUCGCCAGCUUGGGCUGCGCGCAGUCGCACCCGCUCUCACGCGGCUCGACGCACAUCUCAUCCGCUGACGCCGACGCGCCGCCCGAGAUCGAUCCACGCUACUUCUCACACCCGGCCGACCUAGAGAUUUUUGCCAGGCACGUGCGGGCGCUCGAGACGGAGCUUCGCGGAUCGAGUGCUCUGGCGCCGUUCUUCAAGCCCGAUGGGAGGCGGAAUCACCCGGAUGCGUUCCUUGUGGGGGACUUGGAGGGGGCGAAGAAGUAUAUUCUUGACACGGCGACGACUGCGUACCAUUCGUGCGGAUCGGCGGCUAUGCUUCCUCGGGAAAAGGGGGGUGUCGUGAGCCCUGAGCUGAUUGUUUAUGGGACUCAAAACCUCCGAGUUGUUGAUGCUAGCAUUUUCCCGCUGAUUCCGCGUGGCAAUAUCAUGUCAUCGGUGUAUGCUGUGGCUGAGAAGGCGGCAGACAUCAUUAAGGGUGUCUAG